AAAAGUAAUCGUGAUAUAUCGUAUUCUUAUUUAAAUCCGAUUGUAAAUUUUUCUUUCGGACGAUUUUUGUUCUUCUCUUUUUUUUUUACUUAUUUAUUCAUUAUUUUUUUAAUACUUUUUCUCAUGUUUAUUAUUUCUUAUCUUUUCUUGAUCGUGAUUUUCAGAUUUACAAUAAAAGAACGAACACCCACACGACAGUGUCUGCGAAAUAAAAAUAUCUUUUAAUCAUUAACAAAUUUAAUUUUUACUUUGACUGCCUAUUAAUAAUAAUAAUAUUAAUAAUAAUAAUGAUAUUAAUAAUAAUAAUAAUAACAAUAAUAAUAAUAAUAUUAAUAACAUUAAUAAUAAUAAUACGCAAUCGUAUACUUCAGAUUAGACGAAUUGUCAAAGAAAAGAUUGCAAUAUCAUUUUUCAAUUUUAUUUUUAAUAAGUGAAUAAAUAAAUACACAAAUAAAUAAAUUAUAUCUUUAUUUCACGCAGUGACACGAAGUGUGUUUACGUAAGUAUUGAUAAUGAAUAAUAAAUAAAUAUAAAUUAUAUUCCUGCUUACCUCAAUAUGUGUACACAAAGUGUGCGUAUGUGUGUAUAGUAAAUACAGAGUGAGACCAAAAGUUUCUAGAUCAUUUGAAAUCUCGAUUGUUCUUUUUCCAAACUAAUUUCAGAAUAGAAAACUUUGAAGAUUUUUUUUUCUUCCGUAAAAAAAAAAAUGAAAAAAAAUUGGACCUGAAAGUUUCGCAAAAACAAUUAGUGAUAUUUUGAAAUCAUCUAGGAACUUUCGACCUAUCCUGUAUUAGUAGUCCUAAGCAAUAAAAUUUCUUAUUAUAUAUGCUGUAAGAAAACGUUCAUUGAAACUAUGAACGUCGAUUCUUUAUUAAGCAUAUAUUCAUUCAUUUAUUCGUUCGUUCGUUCAUUUUUCCUUUUCUUUUUUUCUUCUCAAGCUUGAUCAAGUUUCGUCAUGAAACCCGAUUCAACGCUGCUGUUAAUGUAAAAAAAAAAAAGAGAGAUAAAGAAAAAUAUAUAUAUAUAUAAAAAUUAAUACAAAGAUGUCGUUAAUGUUAUCGAACUUUUGUAUAGUCGACAAAGAUGCAAUAAGAAAAUAAAUAUAUUGUAAAAAAUGUAAUUGUACAUUGCAAAAAUUUUAAGUGAGAAAAAUAAAUAAAUAAAUAAAUAAAUAAAUACAUUGUAAAAAAUUGAGUGUACAUCGCAAAAAUCUGAAAUAAAAUAUCUCUUGAUUAUAAUAGUAUUAUAUAUAAUAAUAUUAUAUACGUAUGAAUGUAUAAACAAUGGCGUGUCAGAAAAAAAAAAAUCAUUGAUAAAUCGAUCAAAUUUAACAUCGUGUGUCAACUCCGUCUUUUGUUCUUUGUUACGAAUGAUAAAAAAAAAAAAAAGAAAAAUGUGAAAGUAUUUUCGUCCACGUCAAACUAAUGAACACAUAACCCAAUAAUAUCAAUUAAUUAAUAAUAAAUAAAUUAUAAUUAUUAGAAAAAUAAACCAUUUGGAAAGAUCUAAUUUCUAACGAUGUCGUGAGACACAAUGUUGAAAGUAUUCAAACUGAUUAGCAUUUCGAUUUUGAUCUUGUCAAUAUUUUUCCAAUUAAUUUCAAGCAAACCAUUUAUUCAAUCACUCAAUAUUUCCAAGAUCAAUAAAGAGCCUAAUUUUAGGCAUUCGAGCAAUGACGAAGAACAAAUGGAGAUAAUGUUCAAUCAAACUUUGGAUUACUUUAUACCACGACGUCGUUUAUUGGACAAUCAAUAUCAUCAGAAUUAUUCUAAAGACGAAACAAUUCGGCCCUUCAACGUUUCUAUUAAUUACAAUAAAAACAAUUUAAAUUUGUCGGUAACGCCAGCUUGGACGAUAGAUUUGCUGCCGAACAUAACAAAUGUUCCCGUUAACGUUGAAUACGUUUCGAGUACCUCGUUCGUUGAGAUUGAAUACGAUACGACACACGUUAGAAGAAAAAGAAAUGCCGCGGUAGACGACAAUCAAUCGAAGACCGACGAGGAACAUGAGAAUGUUGAAAACCCAGACAAAAAACGUUCGUCAUCGUCAUCGUCAUCGGACAAUGACGAGGACAGCAGCGAUCAACGUUCGAAUUUGCAGAAAUCCGAAAAUGACGAGUCCGAGGAUUACAGUGCGGACCUCGAGGAAUCCAACGAUACCGAAACUGACGACGAUCAGGAUAAAGUUCAAUCGAAGGACACUAAAAUGAAACGAGAAAGUUCCGAUUACGAGUACGUCGAAGAUCAGGAUAAAUCAUCGGGCGACGUUAGAGUUAAACGCGAGGAAACUAAUCAGACGAACGAAAAGAUCAAAUUGGAAGAGAGUAACAAAAAUGUUGAGGAGAACGCUGAGAAAAGUGAUAAAAGCGAUGAGAAAGUUAACGAGUCGGAUUCGAAGAGAGACGCAACGGAAGAGAAAAACACUGAUACGGUAGAGUCGCCGAAAUUGACGAAAGAGGACGACAGCGAGUACGAGAAACGCGUCGAGGAGAAAAUCAAACGUAAGAUAGAUUCUAUCAAGGAGGAGAUCAAACGUGAGAUCGAAAGGAAACGAAGGGAUCGUGAGAUCGAAAGGAACAAUGCCAGGUUCGAUGAAUUACAGAGUAAGGAUAACGAUGAACAGGAGGAACAAGAAGCGGUAAGUGCGAACGUCGAUGAGAAAAUGGCGUCUAAGAGAUCGUCCGACGACGUCAAACCUAAAAUAACAGGAAGAAGGAGAAGGAGAAGAAGGAGAAGGAGAUCGAACGAAAGUGAGAGGAUCAGGCAUCGAUUGGAAGAAAUCGAAGGCGUUGAUAAUCUCAAAGACGAGGAUGAUUAUCGUGCUGCCGUACACGAAAGUAUUAGAAAAAGAUUUGCACCGGAUGAGUCAUCCGAUCAGGAUGAACCAAAGGUAAAUAGGAUUUCUUUGAACAAGGCACCGAUUAAGAAACGUGAAAAGAUUCGGCAAAUGUACGUGGUGAAGAACGACAACGACAAGAGACGAAGAAAGAAGAGAAAAAGAAGAGUUGCCGACGAGGGACACGUAUUGGUACCCGAACAGGCACACGUUAAGAUCGAAGAUGACCUUCCGCGUGAUCUAACGUUCGAUCCAAAGCUACGCAGAAGUCAACCCCUUGACGAGAAGGUAAGGAUUAAAAGAGCAAACGCAAGAUUGGUUACUUUAGAAUAUAGGCCGCAAAAUAUCGAAGACGAGGAGAACGACGAAGGCAAUGAAUUUGGCGACGAUGGUUUCGAAGAUAGAACAUCGAAUUUGAAAGACCGAAUUAGUAAUUCGUUGAUCGAAGACCAAGAGGAUAAAGAGAAUCAGCAUGUUAAUUUUCUUUUCCCUGGAAUUUCAUCUUGAUUGAAUGAAUCUGUUAGAUCCAAAUAUUAUCAUUUUGACGAAAAAUACUUUCCGCAGUUAGUUAAUAAAAAUAAUUCUCAGGAAUUAUUUUUCCAUCAUAAAUUUCUUACAUCUAUAUGAUUAAAUUAGUAAAAAAAAAAAAAGAAAAAGAAAGGAAAAAAAAGAGCUAAAAAGAAAACUUCUUUACCAUCUGUAAUAUUACUUUAUCGUAUACACAUAUGUCGGUAACAAUCUGAUUUAUCAUCCGACUUGGUUCGCUUUGUCACUAGUCGGUAUUCGUACUACAGUCGGUAAAGAAGAGAUUCUCGUUUACCAACGUACAAAAACUAAAAAGAAAAAAACAAACUUAAGUUUUCCCAUUAAAGAGCCAAUCCGAUUUGAGAGCUUUGGCAUCGUCUGCAAAGGAUUCGAAUCGACGAUUAAUUACGGAUUACAAUGAAGCUUUCGGUGGCCUUCAGAGUCUUCGGGAUAAUCCUAACGGUGCCUUGAGCAGAUUCAAAAGGAUCAAACGCGUUCUGAAAACGUCACGUAUUUCACAUAAAAAUAAACGAUCAAAUUAACUUACAUUGUAGAAACAAAAAGAAGGAAGAAGCAAAGCAAAAAAAAGAAAUGAGAGAAAAUAACCUAUUUUACUUUUAACAUUACUUCCAAUUAAUGUAACUACUAUCUGUGUGAUAAUUAAGAACGAUAAGUAGAAUGUUAAAAUAAACAAAUUCUUAUAUUAGAAAAAAAGGGAA